UUUGAUCUCAAUGGGAUGCACAAGCCGGGUGAUGUGAUUUUAGGUGGGCUGUUUGAAGUCCACUACACCUCUGUCUUCCCUGAACUGACAUUUACCUCGGAGCCGAGUCAGCCCAGCUGCCAAGGUUUUGACCCUUCAGGGUUCAGGCAUGCCAUGACCAUGGCCUUUGCUAUUGAUGAGAUCAACAAAAACUCCAACCUGCUUCCAAAUUUGACUCUGGGGUACAGUCUGUAUGAUAACUGUGCCACACUUGUAGUUGGGUUCAGUGCUGCCUUGUCUUUGGUCAGCGGUAGAGAAGAACAGUUCAUGAUUCAGGAAAACUGUUUGGGGACCCCUCCAGUCCUGGGGAUUGUGGGUGAUUCCUUCUCUACAUUUUCUAUUGCCACUUCUGAUGUGAUCGGUUUAUUCAAAUUGCCCAUGGUGAGUUAUUUUGCUACAUGUUCCUGCUUGAGUGAUCGGAAACGGUUUCCAUCCUUCUUCAGAACAAUACCAAGUGAUGCUUUCCAGGUGCAAGCUAUGAUACAGAUCCUCAAACGAUUUGGCUGGACCUGGGCAGGCCUGCUUGUCAGUGAUGAUGACUAUGGACUCCAUGUUGCUCGAGCCUUUCAGUCAGACUUAGCUCAGUCUGGUGGAGGUUGUCUGGCCUACUCAGAGAUUUUGCCAUGGGGCGACAAGCCAACAGAACUGAAGAGGAUUGUGGAAGUGAUGAAGAAAUCCACAGCUCGUGUGGUCAUUGUGUUUGCCCAUCAAAUCCACAUGAUUCAACUAAUGGAAGAGGUGCUAAAGCAAAAGGUGAAAGGCCUGCAGUGGCUGGCAAGUGAAGCUUGGGCAUCAGCUGCUGUGCUCCAGACACCCCGUCUCAUGCCGUAUCUGGGAGGCACACUGGGGAUUGCCAUUCGACGAGGAGAUAUACCAGGGCUAAGGGAAUUCCUCUCACAAAUACGUCCUGAAUUUAAUGACAUUAAUUGGGAUGAAAAUAGUAUGGUAAGGCAAUUUUGGGAAUACACUUUCCAGUGUAGAUUUUCUCCACCUCCAGGUUGGGUUGAAGCUGGGGGAGCACUAUGCACUGGAAAUGAAGACUUACAGAAAGCUAAGACUGAAUUUUUGGACGUUUCAAACCUCAGGCCAGAGUACAAUAUAUAUAAAGCAGUGUAUUCUCUGGCUUAUGCCCUUGAUGACAUGCUGCGUUGUGUGCCUGGGACAGGGCCUUUCAGUAGGCCCAGCUGUGCUGCUCUGCAGAGACUUGAAGCAUGGCAGCUCAUGUAUUACUUGGAAAAGGUCAACUUCACCACACCAUUUGGUGAUCAAGUGUCAUUUGAUGAGAAUGGUAAUGCCUUGCCGAUCUAUGACAUAAUGAACUGGUUGUGGCUCCCUGAUGGAACAACAAAGCUGCAGACUGUUGGUGUUGUUAUAAAGUCGGCCUUCAAAGGAGAAAAGCUCACGCUUCAUGAAGACCAAAUCUUCUGGAACUUUGACUCCAAACAGCCACCACAGUCAGUGUGCAGUAAGAGCUGUCAACCAGGUACCCGCAUGACCAGGAAAAAGGGGCAGCCCAUUUGCUGUUUUGACUGUGUCCCUUGUUCUGAAGGAAAGUAUAGCAAUGGAACAGACUCCAUGGAGUGCACCAGUUGUCCAGAGGACUUCUGGUCGAGCCCAAAACAUGACAUCUGUGUGCCUAAGAAGACCGAGUUUCUCUCUUAUCAUGAGCCGUUGGGUAUCUGCUUGACAACUGCCUCAUUGCUGGGCACAUUUCUCUGUGCUGUUGUCCUUGGAAUCUUCAUCUAUCAUCGCAGCACACCCAUGGUACGAGCCAACAAUACAGAACUGAGUUUCCUCCUCCUAGUGUCACUUAAACUAUGUUUCCUGUGUUCACUCCUGUUUAUCGGCCACCCCAGACUAUGGACAUGCAAGUUGAGACAUGCAACAUUUGGUAUAAUCUUUGUGCUUUGUGUCUCAUGUAUUCUGGUGAAAACUAUGGUGGUUCUUGCUGUGUUCAAGGCCUCUAAGCCAGGAGGAGGAGCUGUUCUCAAGUGGUUUGGUGCCAUGCAACAGAGAGGGACAGUCCUGGUUCUUACUUCUAUUCAGGCAGUAAUUUGCACCGUCUGGAUUGUCAUCUCCUCACCAUCUCCACAUAAAAACACCAAAUACUACAAUGACAAGAUAGUGUAUGAAUGUGUUGUUGGGUCCACCAUUGGCUUUGUUGUCUUAUUGGGUUACAUUGGCUUUCUGGCAAUCAUCAGCUUCCUGCUUGCAUUUCUGGCAAGGAAUCUUCCUGACAACUUCAAUGAGGCCAAACUCAUCACUUUCAGUAUGCUUAUUUUCUGUGCUGUGUGGGUGGCCUUUGUCCCUGCUUAUGUCAACUCACCAGGCAAAUAUGCAGAUGCAGUGGAAAUAUUUGCCAUCCUGGCCUCCAGUUUUGGCCUGUUGGUGGCACUGUUUGGACCCAAAUGUUACAUAAUCCUGCUGAGGCCAGAGUGGAACACAAAGAAAGCAAUCAUGGGGAGAGGAACCACCAAUUUGUCAAAGUAG